AAAUGCAUGCCACAGCUUCCUAAAUGUGUUUGUUCAGUCCUAAACAUAACUGAUCAUAUUCCCUCAUUAAUACAUGUAAGUUAUGCUAUUCAUUAUCUAGAUCUAACAUAUAUUUCGUUUUUCAAGACCAUCACAAGCAGUCAUUAGCCUACACGUGGAGGUAGACUAGUGGUAUUCCCCCCUCACACACAGCAGCUUGGGUUUAAUUGAUCAGAAGCAAGAGGGCAACUCGCAUGCACGCGUUCAACUUGUAGUUAUUUAUGCUGUCCUUGAAAUGGCUGUAGCCCUUCUGCAGUAAGCAAUAAAGGUUAUGCUGCCCAAAGGUUCCCCGUUGAGUCAGAGUGAGAAAGAAAAAGGCUAAAAGACCCUAUCCCCUGUACCUACGCUACUUCAAGAACAACCACAGAGACCAGAGGAGCCAUGAGUACCUCGAAGGUUACCAGUGAGGUCACCGGUGCUGUGGCUUCUGUCAUCCUCAAUCCAGAGCCAUCGACCCCGCCGCCUCGCAGUGCACGGCCAGAGGAGGAUGAGGAGGGGGACCUGAACAAGGCCCUGGGGGUGGAGCGUUUCCACCAGAUCCUGAGCCCUGCUCCCCAGGUCCCAGACGAGCAGUACCGCACCUAUAGUGAGGAGGACUUUGAGUACCACCGUCACUCCUCGCACCACAUCCACCACCCCUUGUCCAAACUCCCAUCCGACGGGCGCAAGAAGAAGAGUGGCAAGAAGAAGAAGAGCGGAAGCCGGAAAACUGCCACGGGGCCCAGUGGAGCCCCCACCAUUGAAGAGGGUGAGGAGGAGGAAGAGGAAGAAUGCUGUAGCCCCCCUGGAGCGGGGGGCCUCACAGGAGCCCCUACCCCUGCCCCUCAUACAGCCACCGGUGCUGAGGCUGGGCAGGUACAGUUCUUUGUUUCAGAAGAUGAUCCCCCCAUCACUAUAUCCAGUGGCCCCGCACCCAUCCAGGAGCUUAACAUUGUACCCGGCAUGGCCCUAGACAAAGACACUAUCCUUCCAGAGGAGGCUACGUCCACUGAUGAGCAGGGCUCAAUGUCAACUGUGCUCAAAGACGGGAAGGAGAUAUCGAGCCCCACCCCAGCAACGCCCAGCACCCCGCUCUUUCCAGAUUCCACCCCCUCGGCCCGUCUCUUCUCUACUGGGCGCAGCUACGACCUGCAGGAACGUCGGCGCACGGGGAACAUGACUGGCGCCGAGCAGGCAACGUACGGGAGGAUCGCCACAGACGAGAGCGAGGCCCAGACGCUGGCCACCGUGGACCUGGACGGCAUCAAGAGUCACCGCUUUGAGGAUGUCCCCGGAGUGCGUCGACAUCUGGUGAGGAAGAACACCAAGGGACAGGUGGUCCAUCUCGCAAAGGACCACAAGGAGCCCAGCACCCGCAGCAAGAAGUUGGAUCGGACCCCGCAUGAGGUAUUUGUGGAGCUCAACGAGCUGAUCAUGGAUAAGAACCAGGAGAUGCAGUGGCGCGAGACGGCCCGCUGGAUCAAGUUCGAGGAGGACGUGGAGGAGGAGACGCACCGCUGGGGCAAGCCUCACGUAGCUUCCCUAAGCUUCCGCAGCCUGCUGGAGCUCCGCAGGACCAUUUCACACGGGGCAGUGCUCCUGGAUCUAGACCAGAAGACUCUGCCUGGCAUUUCUCACCAGGUGGUGGAACAGAUGAUCAUCUCAGACCAGAUAAAAGCAGAGGACCGAGCCAACGUGCUGAGGGCCCUGCUGCUUAAACACAGUCACCCAAGUGAUGAAAAGGAACACCACAGUACCUUCCCCAGGAACAUCUCAACCGCUAGCCUGAGCUCAUUAAUUUCCCACCACCACAGCGCCAACCACAUGACCCAGCCAGAACCUUCUGUCACCGACCCUCUCAUGGGUAGUGGUGUUGCUGUCACUGAGACUGACACCCGGCUUGAUAUUGAGAAGAAGGAGAAGGAGGCUCCCAUAGCAGUAGGAAUGCACAAGUCCAAAUCUAAGCAUGAGUUGAAACUGCUGGAGAAAAUCCCUGAAAAUGCAGAGGCCACUGUUGUCCUCGUGGGGAGCGUGGACUUCCUGGAGCAACCCACUAUGGCCUUUGUGCGGCUGCAGCAGGCAGUUGAGCUGGACUCUGUGCUGGAGGUGCCAGUACCAGUCCGCUUCCUGUUUGUUCUGCUGGGGCCCGCUUCUACCAACAUGGACUACCAUGAGAUAGGCCGCUCAAUUUCCACACUCAUGUCUGACAAGCACUUUCACGAGGCGGCGUACUCGGCCGACGACCGCCAGGACCUGCUGAGUGCCAUCAAUGGCUUCCUGGACUGCAGCAUAGUGCUGCCGCCCUCUGAGGUGGGCGGGGACGAGCUGCUGCGCUCCGUGGCACACUUCCAGAAGCAAAUGCUACGCAAGAGAGAGGAGGAGGAGGAGAAGCUGCUAGCCAAGGAGCUCAAGAGCCCUGAGGAAAAAGAAGCUCUCCUUGCCCCCUUUAAGCCGGAAGAUGACCCCCUACAGCGGACAAGGCGACCCUUUGGUGGGCUGAUUCGGGAUGCUCGGCGACGGUACCCCAAGUACAUCAGCGACUUCAAGGAUGCCCUGAAUGCCCAGUGCAUGGCAGCGGUUAUUUUUAUCUACUUCGCUGCCCUCUCCCCUGCCAUUACUUUUGGGGGUUUGCUGGGUGAGAAGACUGACGGACUGAUCGGUGUGUCAGAGCUGAUCAUAGCCACGGCGAUGCAGGGCGUUAUCUUCUGUCUGCUUGGAGCCCAGCCCCUCCUGGUGGUGGGCUUCUCUGGCCCCCUGCUGGUGUUUGAAGAGGCUUUCUUCUCUUUCUGCAAGGGAAAUGACAUGGAGUACCUCACCGGUCGGGUCUGGAUCGGGUUCUGGCUCAUCGUCAUAGUGGUCCUGAUUGUGGCCUUUGAGGGCAGCUUCCUGGUGCGCUUCGUCUCCCGCUUCACGCAGGAGAUCUUCUCCUUCCUCAUCUCCCUCAUCUUCAUCUAUGAGACCUUCUCCAAGCUUGGCAAGAUCUUCAUGGAACACCCCCUGAAGCGCUGUCCCCUGAGCAACAGCACUGCAGCGAAUGCCACGGCAGACAGUGGUGCAUCACUGUCGGCGGGUAACAUGACUGACGUUGGACCAAUCAAGGUGCGUGGAGAGCCAAACACAGCCCUGCUGUCUCUGGUCCUCAUGUCCGGAACCUUCUUCAUCGCUUUCUACCUGCGCAAGUUUAAGAACAGUGCCUUCUUCCCUGGCAGGCUCCGAAGGGUGAUUGGAGAUUUUGGGGUCCCCAUUGCAAUCUUCAUCAUGGUGUUGAUAGACUAUGGAAUAAAGGACACCUACACACAGAAACUGAGUGUGCCCAGUGGUUUCUCUGUGACCAGUCCAGACAAGCGUGGCUGGGUGAUCAACCCACUGGGGUCAGAAAAAGCAUUCCCCAUCUGGAUGAUGGCUGCCAGCAUUCUCCCUGCCUUGCUAGUUUUCAUUCUCAUUUUUAUGGAAACGCAGAUUACCACUCUGAUUGUUAGUAAGAAGGAGCGGAUGCUGGUGAAGGGCUCCGGCUUCCACCUGGACCUGUUGGUCAUUGUGGUCCUGGGAGGGACAUCGGCGCUCUUUGGACUGCCCUGGAUGGCCGCCGCCACUGUGCGAUCAGUCACCCAUGCCAAUGCCCUCACUGUCAUGAGCAAGGCUGUUGCCCCUGGAGACAAGCCACGCAUUCAAGAGGUCAAGGAGCAAAGAGUGACAGGGCUGCUUGUGGCGAUCCUUGUCGGCAUGUCCAUUGUGAUUGGAGACCUCCUGCGUAAGAUUCCCAUUGCGGUGCUGUUUGGGAUCUUCCUCUACAUGGGCGUGAUGUCACUCAAUGGCAUCCAGCUCACAGAGCGUAUGCUGCUGCUGCUUAUGCCACCGAAGUACCACCCAGACCAAAUCUAUGUUCGCAAGGUACGGACGUGGCGAAUGCACCUGUUCACAGGUAUCCAGUUGGUCUGCCUGGCAGUACUGUGGGCGGUCAUGUCCACUGUGGCCUCUUUGGCCUUUCCCUUCGUCCUCAUCCUCACUGUUCCUGUAAAAAUGUUCCUACUUUCCCGAAUCUUCACCCCCCGCGAAAUUCAGUGUCUGGAUGCAGAUGAUGCGGAGCCCACCUUUGACGAGAAGGAAGGGGAAGACGAGUACAACGAGAUGCACAUGCCAGUGUGAGCCCUGCCCACACAUUCCCGUCAGUGGCCAUGCUAGCUUGCCAAUCAGUCAACCGGCCAAUCUGAGGAAAGCACUAGGGACCCAUGCUCCUGAGGGCUCUGCAUUCUUUUAAUGUUCAUAAUGUUACAGUUUUAUUGUCUAGCAUUUUAAUUUAUUUUUGACUGAUGGAUCUAUGUAUAGGCAAAAACCCAGAGUGUUCCAGCCUUUCCUCAUUGGAAACGGACAAAAACAUAACUGUCAUGGUCUUGAGAUUUCCUGGUAAACACAUCAUUUUCAUGUUGAUGUGAUGCAAGGAUAGAAUCCCUUGAUACAAUGCAGGCAGGGCAAUGUUGCAUGCUAGUUGGGUGGGUACUAUGGGGUCCAGUGCUCCCAACAAGAAGAAAUUGAACAUACAGUACCGUAUAUAGUAGUACAAUUGAAGAGGAGCUAAUUUCUGGCAUCCACAGCAUUUAACUGCUGAACAUGGGAAGCUCUCUGCUCUUGACAAAUUCAGCUAGCCACUGUGGGAUGACUAGCUAAGAACUUCUGUGCUGAUUUCCAUCAGCCAUGAAUCUAUAACUUAUAAAAUGAAGAAGCUCGCUGCACAAAGGGAAUUUAUUCUGUCCUUGCUGAGGUGAUUACCUAUCAGCACUUUAUAGCAAUGUGGGCAGGGCAAAUGUAUCUGACUUACAUGUGUUAAGAUCUAUUAUAAAUGAUCAUUCAAAUCCAGUUAAUUUUAAAAUUCAUAUCAAUUGAUUACUCCACCUGGAAGAUAUAGUCCUAGAAAUGUUUGUUUUGAGUUGAAAUGCAGGGAAAAUAUUUAUGGGAUACAUCUGUAAAUUUAGAAUUCUAACUGUCCUACCCCUGUUGAUUAAUGGGGAACUGUAUGCUACUGUAAAUCAAAUUUUUCCUGUUGAAGUUCAAAAAACGAUCAGUGUCUCAAAACAUGCGCUAGUAACAGCCUGUUAAACGACUCCUGUGCAACAUGCUCAAGUGAAAAAGCCUUCUGAAAAUGGUAAGUGUUUUUGUGCAUUAGGUAUAGACAAGCUAAUUUGAUGUUACAUGUUUCUGGAAAUUUUGUUGUCCAAAGUAGUCCAACAUACAGGAGACUAGUAUUUUUAUCACACACAGCUAUAGCCUAAAGCACCAAAGAAGCAACAAAAAGCCUUUCUGAAUGUCAGGUGUUGUAGGAGUGUUGAAAGAGGAGAGGGAAGGCUGGUCAAAGGGCAUCUCAAAACUGACUAUAGAACAGAUUGUCCAGAACGUGGCUGCUCUGCCAUGCUGUGUGGGCAGAGAGUAGACCAGUCUUAUUAGUACUAUCGAUCAUGUAUAUACAUCAUGUAUGGGUGUGCUUUGGAUUCAUCCUGUAUCAUUAUAGUAUUCAAGCUUACAAACCUGUUCAGCUACAUUUUGAAGUAUCCAUAACCAUUACCAGGCCUUACAGUACUGGGAGAUAUUUUUUUACAAAUCAACAGCAAUAAGUGUGACUUCAGUAUAAGGGAUUAUUUAUUUUAUUUUAUUUUUUACAAAUCUUGGGAUAACACGGAGAUGAGGUGUCGCAGUCCUUGUAUUGUGGACUGUGAUCUUUUGGCAAGCUCCAUUUUUUUCUGUGGCAAGGGCUUUAAUGUAGGAUUCAGCACUUUGGUCUUCAUGUUUGUGUGCAAGCUAGCAUUAAAUAACUUGAAUGCCUUUACUUUGGUCUAACAAAAUACACUUUUCAAAGUUACUGUUUGUCAUCACAGUUGCUGUGUUUUAAAAUAGAGCUCCCAUACCCUACAGCAAUAAGAAUGUAUUUAUAGUGCAAUUGCUUUGACUGUGCUCCAGGUCCAAGAAAAUUACUGCGCAAUCUUGUAUUUCCUUUAACAUUGAAUUUAAAGAACUUUUUCUCCAGUAGUGCCUAGUAACUUGAAAUGAGAGGAUUUAUGAAGGAGGGAUAUGGCUUGCCUGUUAAGUGGGCAGGAGCCACCUACAGGGCAUGCGUUUUUUCCAGAGUGCUUCUACUUAACAUUCAACACUAACCAAGCCUUGUCAUAUUCGGUAUUCUGCAGUAGUAGCUACUGUAUAUAAAUGCAUACACUGGGCCAAUGAUAGCAAUCACAGGGAGAUCUCUAAAUCUAUCUGCCGUAAAGCUGUGUGUUUAUAUUAAAUUCACAGUGCUGGGGAAUUUAUGAGCAUCAAUGCAGUUUUACAUUCAUUCAUAUUUAAAAAAUAUCAAAAUGUAAGCAGACCAUUGGUUUUGGGUCAAAAAUCCAACCUGUGGGAAGGGACUUUUUUAAAAACAGUUUUUAGGACAAGUUAUACUGAAGAUUUUUGUGGAAAUCUUCUCUAACAUUGAGGAACAAACCAUGGGACCAGCUUUAAUUGCCCAUUGGACUGUAGCAGACAUUAACUGGACCACUGAACUAGUCUGGUUGCAGGAUUCAUUGACUUUUCAGUGCAAAUCUCAACACUUUUUGCCAAAUUUUUUUUUCUUUUUUUGCUUUCAAUUGCUUGUAUAUUGUCAGGAUGCGACUUAAUAUAUUUGAGGAAUGGGUGAUGUAGCAAUAAUAUAGAAUGAUCCAGAAAUUCCUUUUUGAGGGCGCUACAGUGUACUGCGGAGAAAAUAGGUUUGCUAUGUAGGGUUUGCCCCCACCUGGCUGACUGUCAAUUGGGGUUUUUUUUUCAGAAUUUCAUCCUGCGUCAAGUACUCUGAGCUAAAUACAGUACAAAUUUCAGUUUCUUCCAUACCUGUCCUUGACAAAAAGUGCAGUCUACUCACAAAAUGUUUAGAACAUUUCUCCCAGCACCUCAACCAAUCCUGUCGCUGUUUGUCAAUUGAGAUCAGUGUCUUUACCCAUCUUUUGAACUAUAUUUAAGCUUAAUUCUUGUUGCAAAUUUGCUCUAAUCGGUUUGAAGGUAUCAAAGUGAAUCUUGGUGAAUACAGAACUGAUACAGUGCAUGUAAAUGUACAGCAGCAUUCCUGGACUGUGGUCUGUGGCCAUUAGACAGGAUGUGCUUUUUCAGAGAAACAAGGACUGCAAGAUGGCACAGUCCAGAACUAUCUGUGCCUUGUCUGUUACUGGAUAUUUUCUGGUGGAGUGAGUCAUAGGUGUAUUACUCAAACAUACCAAGUUUAAGUUGUGCCACUGAAUGUUUCACUUGUGUUGAUCGUAUCUACUGUAUGUCCUAUGAGUGGUGUAAAAUUCAAUCCCUGCCUCUCCCCCUCUGCAGAUAUAAAUGGACAUUCCAAGCACAGCACUUAAACACCAAAUGAGAACAUACUGUGGUUUACCCCCAAUGUCUAGUUUGUCCUCUUCUGUUCUUUUGGGUGUUUCACUCCAGGCAUGGCUCCAGUCAAAUAUGCUGAGCUGGUGCCUUUUGGGGUUUUCCAUUUUAUCUUGGAUAGCCUUCACAAUGACCCCCCUUUAAAAUGGCUGCUGUUUCAGUCAAGUGGCUUGCUGGGUUUGGUUUUGGGUAAUCAUUAUUUUCAUUAUUAGCUUUUAAAGAAUGAUUGCACUUUUCAUGUGGCUCUAGUUUCAGUACUUUCUAAAAGGUGACUCUGAAGUUCAUGUUCCUUAUUCAUAUUAUAUUUAGGAUGUUGAAAUGCACGGUGGAUGAUUUUUUUCACAAGUGUUAGCAAAGCUUAGAGUUAUUGUCCGUUCAACAAAUUUGUAUCAGUAUUUUCCAGGGGUGGAGCUCCAUAAAAUCUCAAAGCCUGUGCAGAGACAUGUAUGGGGAUGGGAAUGGAUUUUGGGAAGGAUUGUGUAUAGACAUUGCUGUAUUAAGAAGGACAAUCAUCAUGACAUCUCAAACAUGGCAGUUAAUGCAAUUUUAUCAGAAUACUGGUUUUUAGAUUUUUGUAAUGCUCAUUGCUAAAUGGUUUUCUGUAUAUAUCUAGUUCAAAUAACAAUGACAAAUAAAAUAAAUUUUUACAUACAAGGA